CUCAACUCAAAUACGGAGAAAUAGCUUAUCUUCCUCACUAAUAUCUGAUGGAAAAGCUUGCGGAGAGCUGAUUUUUUGCUUCAUUCAUACAAUCUACGUAGUAGUAUUAUAUGAUAAUACAGAACAAUAAAAGUCAGAAGCGUUUCGUCUCAGCAACUCACUGAUUCGUUAGGAUUCGUACUUUGGUUCGAUCAGCAUUCGACCUCGAUUAGAGCAGGCCUGCAAAUGAAGCUGAAUAUCAACAAAGCUUGCGAUCUCGGCUCCAUUUCCGUUCUUCCUCUUCACUCUAGGAGAACGAGUGUUGGACCUACAGGAGCAGAGACUUCGGUUUUUGGAAAAAUUCAAAAUGCACCACUACGUCCGCAACCAUCUCAGCAGUCUCUUUCUCAAGGAAUUUCAUCCCAGCCUGCAUUCUUCUCUCAGUUCUCUCAGAACUCUCUGGAUGAUAUUGUUACUAGCGAGCAGAGGUUCGAUUCCCAAGAAAAAGACAGUACUGGAAGGAGAACAUCUUGCUUGCCUCUGACAAACUUCUCAAAGGAGGAUAGUCAAUUGCAGUUACCAAGAAAUUCAACCAACUAUAUGCACAAGCGGUCUGCCCAUGAAUUCAGAUGCCAAAUAAGUGAAGAACUUGAACACAGAAUUGGAGUGAUAGAAACUUCACUGAAUAGGUUCGGAAUGAUCCUUGACUCCAUCCAAAGUGAUGUGAUACAAGUGAAAAGAGAAAUAAAAGAGAUGUCAUCAGGGACGGAAAGUUUAUGGAAGAAGUUGGUGGCUCAUGAUGAAGCAGUGCAAAUGAUGAGUAGCUCUGGACAAGAAAAUAUCAAAGCAUGCCUUGAGGGACUUUCCAAAUCCAUGAGCGAAGAGCUUAGGCGGAAUUUACCUCAAGAACACUUCAUAGAGAAAUCCUCAGUCGUUUCAGUGCUGCCCGACACAAUUGAAACUUGUGUAGCCAAAUUAAGAGAUGAUAUCAAGAAAAGUUUGAUGGAGGAAAUACAUGCUGUGGCUGAUGGCCUGAAGGUUCUCUCUCAGAAAUUUGCAGUUGCUGCCACGCCACCUGAAGGCGUCAACAACCGUAUUUCAUUGCUUGAUCAGAAAUAUUUAACUACAGGGCAUGCCCAUGAAAGGCAUAGCAAUGAACAAACAUUUUCCUUGCCAAAGAUUGAGAUGGGAAGCUGGCAUUCGGCAAAACAUGAACAAAUCAACAAGAAUGGAAUAAAUACCACUCAAAGACUCGACAAGGACUCAUUGUCUGUUAAACAGCAUAAUGUUAUCGUAGAGGUAGAAGAGGAUAGCGAUGGAGGCUUUUCUUGCUUGCUUAACGGAAAGGGAUCCGGCUCAGGAAAAUUCACAAUGGACGAUUCGAAGGAUGAUAUUAAACGCAUGUUGAGGAAAGCUAGAAGGAGGAAGAGAAAAUAUAGUAACAACAUUGUUGUUAUAGAUUGAUGAU